GAUGAAACGAGGAAGAGCUAGUGACCAUAAUUCAUCUGAAGAGGGUACUGCAGACAAAUCAAAGAAACUGAGGACUACAAAUGAGCAUUCUCAGACAUGUGACUGGGGUAAUCUCCUUCAAGAUAUUAUUCUCCAAGUAUUUAAAUAUUUGCCUCUUCUUGACCGGGCUCAUGCUUCGCAAGUUUGCCGCAACUGGAAUCAGGUAUUUCACAUGCCUGACUUGUGGAGAUGUUUUGAAUUUGAACUGAAUCAGCCAGCUACAUCUUAUUUGAAAGCUACACAUCCAGAGCUGAUCAAACAGAUUAUUAAAAGACAUUCAAACCAUCUACAGUAUGUCAGCUUCAAGGUGGACAGCAGCAAAGAAUCAGCUGAAGCAGCUUGUGAUAUAUUAUCACAGCUCGUGAAUUGCUCUUUAAAAACACUUGGACUUAUUUCAACUGCUCGGCCAAGCUUUAUGGAUUUACCAAAGUCUCACUUUAUCUCUGCACUGACAGUUGUGUUUGUAAACUCCAAAUCCCUGUCCUCGCUUAAGAUAGAUGAUACUCCAGUAGAUGAUCCAUCCCUCAAAGUACUUGUGGCCAACAACAGUGAUACUCUCAAGUUGCUAAAAAUGAGCAGCUGUCCUCAUGUCUCUCCAGCAGGUAUCCUAUGUGUGGCUGAUCAGUGUCAUGGCUUACGAGAACUGGCUCUGAACUACCAUUUAUUAAGUGAUGAAUUGCUACUUGCUCUGUCUUCUGAAAAACAUGUUCGAUUAGAACAUUUGCGUAUUGAUGUAGUCAGUGAGAAUCCUGGACAGACACACUUCCAUACCAUACAGAAGAGCAGCUGGGAUGCUUUCAUCAAACAUUCACCCAAAGUGAACUUAGUUAUGUAUUUUUUUUUAUAUGAAGAGGAAUUCGACCCAUUCUUUCGUUAUGAAAUACCUGCCACUCAUCUUUACUUUGGGAGAUCAGUAAGCAAAGAUGUGCUUGGCCGUGUGGGAAUGACAUGCCCUAGACUAGUAGAACUAGUAGUAUGCGCUAAUGGAUUACGGCCACUUGAUGAAGAGUUAAUUCGCAUUGCAGAACGUUGUAAAAAUUUGUCAGCUAUUGGACUAGGGGAAUGCGAAGUCUCAUGUAGUGCCUUUGUUGAGUUUGUGAAGAUGUGCGGUGGCCGUUUGUCUCAGUUAUCCAUUAUGGAAGAAGUACUAAUUCCCGACCAAAAGUAUAGUUUGGAGCAGAUUCAUUGGGAAGUGUCUAAGCAUCUUGGUAGGGUGUGGUUUCCAGACAUGAUGCCCACUUGGUAAGGACCAUGUUAAUGUAGGGCAUGUUGAAUAGUACCUUAACUUUAAGCAAAGAUAUUGUAAUAAAAGUUUAUUUGCUGUAGUUCUGAUAUAAUUCUACUAUUUUGUUGCACCAAAAUUUGCUCUCUCCAGUGAGUAAGGAUUGUUUAUUGGCAGACCUACGAAUCAGUCUUGGUCAGAAAACUCCAUUUGUUUGUUUAGCUUAAUAGCAGUCAAAUCUCUGAAAAAUAAUAGAAAAAAGUGAUUUGAAAGUAAUAACAAGUUAUGGAGACUAAACAGUUCAUAGUCUGAUGGAAACAAAAACCUAUAUAAUAGCCAGCAAAGUGAAUGCUAAUAGGUUUCUUGAAAUGUUAUGUUCUCUAUGCAUUUUUUUAAAAAUGUAAACUUGAUAUUUUUAGGGUCUUCAGUUAUACACCUGUUAUAAGGUGUUUAAUAUAGCUCAGAAAAGUGAGCAUUUUGUGAGAAAAAUGUAGGAUAUACAGUAUCAUAUCUAAUGAAAAAAAAUUGGUUGAAUGUUCUCAAAUGUUAUAAACCUGUUUAAAACAAGGGAUAUAUAUAAUUGGAACACUUAGAAAACUGAUAAUAAAUGUCACACAGUGAUUGCAGAAGGACAAUACGUAGAGCAAAGAUCAAAUUAAAAUAAGUGGCAUAGAAGGGAAGCAGUUAGCUUUGUAUAAAUUUUUAGAUUUCAUCUGUAAUCUGCUAAACUGUGUAAGUUUUUUUGUGAUAUGUUACUGUGUGUGUGGCACUUUUUGAGGCAUUGUUAGUAAAGUGAGGAAUGCCUUACCAGUUCUCCUUGGUUUUAUCUUUGUUUAAACUAGUUUUUAAGUAUUAUUCAAUAAUUGAAAUGAAAAGCUUAUUUACUUUUUAAAAGCCAAAUUGAAAUAAUUAUAAAGAUAGAACUUUAAAAUGUUUAUAAAUUGUUUCCAUAAAAGAAUAUUUGUCUCCAGUAAAUUUUAGUGAAGGCUCAUUUUUCCAUUUUUGAGUUAUAGUUAUGUAUUUAAAUCAUAAAAAGGGAGAAUUUUAAAUCAAAAAAAGGAGCACCAGUGUACAGUUAAGCAUAAACAGUAAAUUUAAAAGGUGAUAUUUAAGUUCAUAAUCAUGUUUUUGAGUAAAUAUUGCUGUAUGAACUGGAAAGUUUUAAUAGAAAAAUAUCUGUAGUUUUGUGAUUGUUAAUUUGGUUAAACUGAUUAUUUUAUAUUAUUUAAGUAGCAUUUUAUAUUACUUUCAUAUAAAGGUAAAGCCAUGCAUUACAGAACCUGUAAAAAGUAUAAGUUUUGGGCUAUAUUUAAUUGGGAUUUUUUUUGUUUUUCAGAUACUAUAUAAACUUUGAUGAGUCUGGGCACUAGUGCUAGUAGAUACUACCUUCCUAAGAAACAUUAGAAGAGAUUUACCCCUAAUGGAACACAUUAAUGCUUGACAUGGCUCUCAUCAGUAGUGUAACUUUUAGGAAGCACCUUGGUAGUUAUGGGAGCAAAGUCUAAAAUGACCUUCCUAAAAAAAUAAAAUAAAAAGUCAUUUUUUUAUGUAAUACAUGUUUUUCAGAAGUGAUAGUAUUCAACCCUUUAGCCACCUAUAAUUGAGAAUAAAGGCUCAUCCAAACUUGAAAACUAAAGGCAAUUAUGUAAUAUUUCCCCUCUAACUAAAUACAGUAGUAAAAAGCUUGGGAUGUAUAAGAAAUACCAUGUUAGUGAAUUUUUUUUCUUAAUUUUGGAAAAUGGAUUGGACAGUACAUGAUCAGUUCUACUAACCAAAGCUUUAUUUGAAAAUUUACUUUUUGUACAAAUUAUAUAAUGCUUGAAAUACUUUGUCACUUUAUAAGCAAAAUGCAUAGCACUUAAUUUGUUUAUACUGUAAAAUACAUGUUAAAUGCUUUUAUCAACUUGAGAAUAAAGAUAGUUACUAAUA